AGCAAUCGCCUUUGAAAGUGUCAUGACCGGGAUUUGAACCCACCCUGUUAACUCGGCAACCAAAACUUGAGUCUGAUUCACUAAACAGCUUAACCACGACCACCAUUCAAAUUAUUUUUGAAUUUAUGAAGAAGAAAAAAACAGGAAAAAAAACCAAGAUGUUUGCAACAGCUCAUUCUAUUUUCUCAAAAAACAAAAGGUUUAACAAAAUCGUCAACAGCAAGUUUAAUGUCCUUCUUUUUUCCCUGCCAAAUGGCAGUUUUCUUUGUAAGUGAUUAUUUUAAAGUUAAUGUGUUAUGCAAAAACCCUUAUCCUUAAUCGGUGUAUAAAGCACUUAAAUUGUUUCCAUUAAAUCCAUUAUUAUCCAUUAUAAUCCAUUGAGUGAUAUAAAAUGGAUGUAAAUCUGCCGGACAUUUUCACUUCUGUGAGAUUUUCUUGUUGAAACGGAGUCAACAUGAAGUUCCUUUUGAUUCUGGCUGUUAUUGGCCUGGCUAGCUGUGCACCUGGACAUGUCAAAUAUGAUGGAUAUGAGGUACUACGAAUCGUUCCUCGAUCAGGAAAUCAACUAGAAUGGCUUCAGAAAUUUGGAGAGAAAUUUGUGUCAAAGUUGGACUUCUGGAAGCAAGCCCAUGAUGUGGACCAGCCAAUGGAUGUGAUGGUACCACCACACUUCCAGAUGGAGCUGAGAGAGAUUCUGGAAGAGAAUGACGUUACAUUCAGCGUCCUCAUUGAAGAUGUUCAGCAAGUCAUCAGAGAACAGAUGGAGUCUUCAGUCAGCAUCAAUGGCAUCUUGGAUUCAUUUGACUACAAUGUUUAUCACACUUAUGAUGAGGUGAUGAAGUGGGUAACAGACUUUGCAGCUGAGUACAGUUCUAUUGCAGAGGAGAUUGUUGUCACUAAAUCUUUUGAGGGAAGGGACAUCAAAGCCAUUAAGCUUGGUAAGAAAGUGUCUGGUAAACCAGGCGCCUUCAUGCAGGGAGGUAUUCACGCAAGAGAGUGGAUCAGCCCAGCUACUAUGCUCAACAUGGCUAAGAAGCUUGCUGAAAACUAUGGCAGUGAUGCCGCUGUAACAGCCUUCCUCGACACAUUUGAUUUCUACAUCGUACCAGUAUUCAAUGUGGAUGGGUACUCCUACUCAUGGACAAAUGACCGAAUGUGGCGUAAGAAUCGUCAGUUCAAUUCCAAGAGACUUUGCAGAGGUGUGGACCUAAACAGGAACUAUGGCUACGAAUGGGGAGGACGUGGUGCAAGCAGUAAUGACUGCGACCAAGACUUCCGUGGUCCAAGUGCCAUGUCCGAGCCUGAACUGAUUGGACUGACUAACUGGCUCCUUGGGCUCAAGGCUGCUGGUCAACCCUUCCAUCUUCACAUGGAUGUCCAUGCUUAUGGUCUGUACUGGCUGUACCCAUGGGGUUACUCCAAACUUGUCCCCUUGCCUGCUGAGGCUGGUGAUAUGGAUGCAGUGGCACAGAAGGCCACAUCAGCCCUUGCUAGUCUCUAUGGCACAUCAUAUCUAGUCGGAGGAUCUGCCAAGGCUAUGUAUGCAGCCUCAGGUGCUAGUGAGGAUUGGGCUUUCGGUACCCUAGGAGCCAAAUACACCUACGUCGUGGAGCUCCGUGAUGAGGGACGAUACGGUUUCCUUCUCCCAGAGUCUCAGAUUGAAGAAACUGCUUUGGAGACAUUUGAGGCUCUCAAGGAGGUCGGAAGGAACCUUGUUGCUGAAUAUGGCUCUUAAGUCUGGGAUUA